AUGUCAAAAAAGAAUACAGGUGAUGAUAUAUGGAAAAACAAUGUUGAAAAAAUUGUAAGUAAGAACUAUAAUGCUUUUAGAAUUGAUAUUAACAGUUUGUCAAGAACUCAGAAUUAUUUACGUUAACUUAUGGUUCAGUAGUAUCUCAAUUAUGUCGAGAUUUUCAAAAUAAUUAUUAUGAAGUUAAUCAACAAUUAGAUAAAAUGGGUUAUAACAUUGGUUUAAGAUUGAUUGAAGAAUUUCUUGCUAAAACUGGUAUCAAAAGAUGUCAAUCAUUCAAAGAAACAGCUGACAUUAUAACUAAAUUAGGUUUUAAAAUUUUUUUAAAUAUUCAACCAACUAUUGAAAAUUGGUCAAAUGAUGGUAAAUCAUGUAGUUUAAUUAUACCUGAACCUAACCCAUUGACUGAAUUUGUUGAAUUACCAAUUACAUCAGACUCAAAAAUUGGUAAAGAAUUAUGGUACUCACAAAUAUUAUGUGGAGUAUUACGUGGUGCUUUACAAAUGGUUCAAUUAGAUUGUGAUGUCAAUUUUAUAAAAGAUGUAUUAAGAGGUGAUGAUCGUACAGAAAUGAGAUUGAAAUUGAAUAAAAUUUUAAAAGAUGAAGUACCUGCUGGUGAAGAUUAA